CUCGGACACUGAUUACUAUAAUUAAGUUGCCUUUUUCUCUCUCUUUUUCCCUUUUUUUCUCUCUUUUUCUUUAAUUAAUUUAAUGAUUUAUGAUAAACCUUACAAACUUCUAUUGAAUACAGAAGCAAAUAAACGACACACUAUCUCUUCUUAUAAUCAAAUAGAGGAGCCGGACCAUCCUAAUGAAAUACAAAGAAAUACAAAAAUGACUGGUAUAACAGAUCACUGGGAGUUGAUUGAAUCCUAUUACGUGUCUCAUUUGAGUCAAUUACAAAAACAAAUCGAACAAAGGUCCUUGGAGAACAGUCAAUUGACUGAUAUUCGUGAUGACUUGUUAAAACAAGUCAUUCGAUUGACAGAAAGAUCUACAGAACUGUCGCUUAAGAACGAACAGCUUUCUCGGCUGAUUGCAGAAAAGGAGAAUAAGGUAACGGCGUUCAUGUACAAUCAACAGGAUCAUGCUGUCCUUGGUGUCACUCUAGAAGAUCCUCCGGCUCCUUCUAUCCAUUCAUCCAAUACGUCCAUAAGUGACAGUUACCAUAAACAAUCAAGUACUAACAAGUCAGAAAUAAAAUUAAAAAGAGAACCAAGCCUGUUUCGUCAAUUGAGUCUACGAUUAUCAACGAGAAGAAGAAGACAGGAUGACUCAGCAAAGGAGGUAUCACAGCCUGAAGCAGAUGAUGCCAAGGGAAAUCAUGUAUCGGAGCCAGUGUUGCAUCCUGCCAUGGUUGUCCAAAAUGAGAUGACCACAGAAGAAACAAGAGAAAGGAGUAAAUAUCAUAAAUAAUUAAUUGUCGGAGAGAAAGAGAGCUUACAUUUAUAUGUG